CUUGCGCUUGCGCGUGGGCCUGGGUCGUCGUACCUGAUGGUAGGAGGCAGUAGUUCCCCGCUUCCCUUCCGCGGGCGGGAGAGUUAGCUAGCCACCCAGGAAAACACCAUGAAAGAUACCGAUAUCAAAAGACUACUGUAUACCCAUCUUUUAUGCAUAUUUUCAAUUAUCCUAAGUGUCUUCAUUCCAUCACUCUGCUUGGAGAACUUCUCAAUAUUGGAAACACACUUGACAUGGUUGUGCACCUGUUCUGGUUUUGUAACUGCUGUCAAUCUAGUACUAUAUUUAGUAGUGAAACCAAAUGCACCCUCUAAAAGAAGUUCAUUAUCACACAAGCUCUCUGAUAUCAGUCAAUAUUUAACGACAGGUCCAUACAUUACCAUGGUAACCAGAUUUUUGAAGUGCUGUAUCUACUUUCUUAUGUCUUGUUUCUCCUUUCAUGUAAUUUUUGUUCUAUAUGGAGCACCACUAAUAGAGUUGGCAUUGGAAACAUUUUUAUUUGCAGUUAUUUUGUCUACUUUUACUACUGUACCUUGCUUAUGUUUGUUAGGACCAAACCUCAAAGCAUGGCUAAGAGUUUUCAGUAGAAAUGGGUAUGGCCCAUCUCCUGUACGCUUGGAGCGACCUUUGGCUACGUGUCUGGCCUUGUUAUUUCACCACUCUGGAUAUACUGGAAUAGAAAGCAACUUACAUACAAGAACAAUUAACUGGAGCAAAGGGAGAUAUUUCUUUGUGCAGAUUCCGUAAGGGCUGUGCAGAAAUGUGUAUGGUCAAAGCCAAGCAGUUCCAUUUACAGCACUGUUUUUUAUGUAGUUACAACAUGAUGUGAUUGUAGCUUUUUAAACUAUGAAACCCCUGAGAGAUUGUACCUUCUAGUUGAAAUAAAGUAUUUAUAAUAGA